AUGAUACAUGGUGAGGCACUACGGCACCUUGGGAAAUGCGCGAAACACUCUGUCCUAACGCUCUUCAACAAGAGCCUGCGCACUGGCAUCGUCCCACAGAGCUGGAGACACGGGAUUAUAAUCCCACUCCUAAAGCCGGGCAAGAAAGCGACUGAACUAGAGUCAUACAGACCGGUAACGCUCACCAGUUGCCUCUGUAAGCUCGUUGGGUGCAUCAUAGCAGCACGCUUUAUUGAUGCUAUCGGACCAGCGCCCACACAACAGCAGUUCGGAUUCUGA